GUUUGAACCAGACGAAGACGGAACCGGAGCUGGGCGCGGGCAGUGGACGCGAUUCCACCGAGAGCCGAAGAUGGCAGUGAAUGUAUACUCGACAUCAGUCACCAGUGAUAACCUAAGUCGACAUGACAUGCUGGCCUGGAUCAAUGAGUCUCUGCAGUUGAAUCUGACAAAGAUUGAACAGUUGUGCUCAGGAGCUGCCUAUUGUCAGUUUAUGGACAUGCUAUUCCCUGGCUCCAUUGCCUUGAAGAAAGUAAAAUUCCAAGCUAAGCUAGAACACGAAUAUAUCCAGAACUUCAAAAUACUACAAGCAGGUUUUAAGAGAAUGGGUGUUGACAAAAUAAUUCCUGUGGAUAAAUUAGUAAAAGGAAAGUUUCAGGAUAAUUUUGAGUUCGUACAGUGGUUCAAGAAGUUUUUUGAUGCAAACUAUGAUGGAAAAGACUAUGACCCUGUAGCUGCCAGACAAGGUCAAGAAACUGCAGUGGCUCCCUCCCUUGUUGCUCCAGCUCUGAAUAAACCGAAGAAACCUCUCGGCUCUAGCAGUGCAGCUCCACCAAGGCCCAUUUCGACACAGAGAACUACUGCAACUCCUAAGGCUGCCCUGGGGUAGUGCGAAGAAUCCUGGUGUAGGCAAUGGGGAUGAUGAAGCAGCCCGAAUUAAUGCAGCAGGUAGGUACU